CGUGGCGCGCAUGCGCGUUUUCUCGCGGAGCGAUAACAACCACUGUAAUGCACGCAGCUACUUUCAUUCUGACAAUAAACACAGUGACAUACAAGACUAGAUAGUCCAAACAUUAAUGUCCUUGGCGGUAGCUCCGGUUUUCUCCAUGAAAGGUGUGAAUUAAAGGUCACCUUAAAGCAGACAGAGUGAAGUUUUUCAGUUCUUCAAGUCUACAGUCCAGACAUCUAUCCAUCUAUAACCCAUCUAUCAUGGCUUUAGUCCAGAUGUUUGUGAAGCUUCGAGGGUCUGUACAGUCUGUAUCUCGGGCCUGGGGAUGUGCACCAGUGACGGUUGGAAGCAAUAGAUGCCAACACACAGCACCUCAGGAUAUUUAUCACUGGCAACUGUUGGACGACUGUUUCCAACUCCGUUAUGGUGGUCUCAUGAUGCACUUUAACUACGUGUGGCUGAGGGAUCACUGCCGCUCGGCCUCAUGCUACAACUCCAAAACAAACCAGCGCAACUUAGACACCGGCAGCAUCGAUCUGAACAUCCGUCCCACGAAGACCCGGGUGGACGAGGAGAAUCUCUUCCUGACAUGGCCCGACGGUCACGCUACACGCUACAACCUGGCCUGGCUGGCGAAGAACAGCUAUGAGGGCCAGAAAUGGAGUGCUAAACAACCACGAAUCCUGUGGAACUCAGAGAUUUACACCAAUGCCAAAGUGCCUCCCGUCAGCUGGGAGAAGUUCAUGAGCUGUGACGAAGAGUUGAAGAUGUUUCUAAACAACUUUUUACUGUACGGCAUUGCGUUUGUGGAGGAUGUCCCGGCUACGAUCGAUGCUACUGAGACAGUGAGCAAAAGAGUUAGCGUUAUCAGAGAGACGAUGUACGGCCGAAUGUGGAGUUUCACGUCCGAUUUCUCUCGCGGUGACACGGCAUACACAAAGCUGGCCCUGGACCGCCACACAGACACUUCUUACUUCCAAGAACCUUGUGGGAUUCAGGUCUUCCACUGUCUGAGGCACGAGGGGACCGGCGGCAGGACUCUGUUAGUAGACGGCUUCAAUUCAGCGAACAAAGUCCUCGAGCAGUCUCCAGAGAACUUUGAGCUCCUGUCACAAGUCCCCAUCAAACACGAGUUCAUCGAGAACACCGGCGAUUAUCAGAACCACAUGAUCGGCAUCGGCCCGGUAGUCAACGUCUACCCCUGGAACAACGACGUCUACAUGAUGAGGUACAACAACUAUGAUCGUGCGGUGAUAAACACGGUUCCUCACAACGUGACGCAACGCUGGUACGUGGCACACAGACAGCUCACUGACGAGCUCCGGAAACCGGAGAACGAGCUGUGGGUCAAACUCAAACCGGGCAAGGUUCUCUUCAUCGAUAAUUGGCGAGUGUUGCACGGUCGAGACUCAUUCACAGGACUACGCCAGCUCUGUGGAUGCUAUUUGACCAGAGAUGACGUCCUCAACACCGCUCGCGCUCUGGGCCUUCAGGCUUGAUCAUCAUCUGAGCAGCACUAGAACAUCCAACAGAAAAAGGACAAGCUGAAUCAAUGCUGACAAGCAAAAAAUGUCAAACUGUUGAAAAUCAGUUCAGUUUUAUUUGAAAAGCGCUUUUAAUAAUGGACAAUGGUCAAAAAGUAUUUUUACAGGAAUAGAGCGAGGGGUAGUGAGGGAACACAUGUUGAGGAAGAAACCUUGAGAUCAAGCAGACUCAAACGGGAACCUCACCACUCCACUGCUCCUCAUCUUCAUCUCAUUACUGGACAGUGUGAUUAUAAAUAAUUCCUUUCUAAAAUCUUGCAUUAAUACAGAGUGGUGCAGGGAAACGCAGGGGAAUUUUGAAACUAGGAGUUCCGACCCUGCGAUGUCAAUUGUUGGGAACCAGUGCGAGUUUGUUUCAAACCCCUUAACAUUAGUUAUGGGUAUUACAGGUUAGGACGUCAUGAUCGUGCCUCAAAGAAACGUGUUCACCCUUAAAAAAGAAGUCCCACACACCGGAGAAUAUCGAGGCUGUACGACCUGCCAUCGUGAGGAGCCCUGACACAUCACUGUGAUGGGACAUGAUCAUGACGUCCUAACUGGUAAAUUCCCUUUGCGCAGCUCUCACACUAUCACCAUUCUUACAAACCCCUUGUGCACCAUUAUCACUAACGGCAAGGGAUUCGAAAGGAGCUCGCGCUGGGUCCAAACAGUCGCACCCCAUAGUCGCCAACUCCCUAGUUCCAAAAUUUCACGUUUAUCCUCAAAGGUGUAGAAAAUCUUCUUUGUUAAAAGUUUUUUAAUAAUCCAAUGAAGCUGGAAAUCGUAUUUUUUUCGGUUUUACUAAAGAUACACACAGUAGAUGAAGCUGAGAGAUACAAGAAGGAAAAAUUCUAGCACUUUGACAAUGCUGAUAUUCGGUGAUCAUGGUUAUGUUUUUAAAUGUAUUCAUGUAGACAGGGUUGUACCAAAACACCUGCUUUACGCUGAUGUAUUGUAGCCUCACAUGAGAAAAACCUGUACAUUAACGUAGUACGCUGUAAAACUCUCAAAAUUGUGCUCUGACAAAGUUUUGGUUUGAAAUUGACUUUGAAAUAAAUUGUACAAUCUUACAGUAAUUAAGCUCCCACACAAUACGGACAGAUAUUAUUAUUUUACGGUACUUUCCCAAGUGGUAAAUUGACACAUAAACCAAAAAAAAGAUAAUGUUACUUAAUAUAAAUACAUGAAAAAAUGUUGAAGAUCA